AAUUCUAUUGUAGCAUUUCUAUUAUAUGUCAAUUAUAAUAUUUUUAUUUAUAUGUUCAUUUUAUGUGCAAAACAAAAAGCAAUCAUUCACCCUACCAUUUACCAUUACUACUUGUCCAGUGCAGGGUUGUGUGAGUCUGGAGCCUACACAGGAAAUACCCUGGGUGUGAUAUCAGUUCAUCACAGACAUUUGUCCAUGAAAAUACAUUGAGGAGUAAAUUUUAUAGUCAUAUAAAAAUUGGCUCAUUUGGCCAUGUGACUAGAAGAUUAAGGUCCCAAGAGGGCAGUGCUGUAUUAUCCAAAUUUUUGUCAGUUGUUUGACUAAGUCCUGCAUUGUCAAAUAUACCCUAACCCUGAGUACUAUGCCGCCUAGGACCACCUCCAGGAACCCCUGUGACUCUGAUCAGGAACAGAGGGAGCUCGGAGGGACAGGAAGAUACUGAUAAGACGGUCAGGAGUGCUGGUUCUGUCCUGUGCUGCCCUUUGGACUCCACUGAGGAAGUGGGUCAGAGGAGGAUGGUGGCCAAACUUACAUCCAUUAUAGACAAUCCCUCUCGCUCCCUGCACGAAACGGUUUUACAGUUGCCCUUCCAGAGGAGCUGAAUGUGAGAGGAGCGAGCGUCCAGACUGCUGUGUAUCUAUCCCUGUCAGAAUCUACAGACGUCAGUUUGCAUGAGUAGCAGGUCAGCCAGCACGUCAUUGUCCUGGGGGCCUUGAGAUAGCAAGGGGGGAGAGCUGGGAGGAAGCAGUGGAUGUGGUUUCCUUCUGCACGAGCCUCAUUAGCGGGACCAGCCAGUGAGCAAGUCCCGCCCCCGCUCCUUCCCCUCCUCCCGCCCAAGCUGCUGUUCCUCCACACUGCCUUCAAGCACACGCAGAGAAGACACUUCACUUGAGUCACUCUCAGAGAGUGAAACGCAGAGGAGCCUGAGCAUCCUUCCAGCGCACCGCCCACGGCGUUUCCAACCUCCCCAGAGUAUUCUCCAGAACCAGGUUCCGUAGGACCCCAGACACAGUGACCCUGCCACAUCUCUCUCCCCAUCCAUUCAGCAUGAUCUUCAGCACCGCCGUAGUCCUGGGCGCCACUCUGGGCAGCCUGUCUGGUGUGUUUACUCUCUGCUGGCUCUCGUAUCUUUGCAAGUCCUGCAGGAAAAGGCACCUGGAGCAGGACAGCGAGCUGGACCCAGAGAAGGUGACGCACAGCAUCCUGCAGUCUGUUCACCAGUUUAUUGUUAAAAAAUCAACAGAGUCCAUCCAGCCACGGACAUUGCUGAGAUCCCCCAAACUUUACAAGCCCAAACCAUCUGUCACCUCCCCAGAGGUGAUCACUUAUCCCAGUUACACUAUGGAGACAAAAGAGAGACCACUGGCAGAAACACCUGCCUCUGCCUGGCCUGAGUCUGGUAACCUAGCAACGGAAGGGUCUGAGGAAGUCUUCCUCAUGCCUAAACAAGAUUCCACCAAUGACACCCCCUCCGCCACAGAGCUGAACCCUGAUUUGACAAAAAGCUCCUCUGUGCUCCACCCUAAACUGCACUUCUCCCUUACCUACAACUCUGAGAGGAAGGAGUUGUAUGUCGCCAUAAUAGAAACGGAGCAUGUGGCAGCAGGGCGGGGCCUUGAAGGCUACGUACUGGGCCGUCUCCACACACCGGCAGAGCUGACCGAGGUCCGCACAGUGCCUCGACGACUGACUGAGCAUGUCUGUUGGGCUGAGAGCCUGGCCUUCCCCCUGCCUAGCGGCUACAAGACGGAGGGCGAAGUGGCUUUGUCCCUGCGCAGUUUGGACUGCUUCUCCCAGGAUGUGGACCUGGGGGACAUGAGGUUCAAGUUGGCUGAUGUGGCUAUGAUGUCAGACGCCGACUGCUGGGUGGAACUGCAGCCCCCAAAACAGAACAUAAGUUCCUCCUUGGGGGAGAUCCUGCUGUCCAUCAGCUACCUCCCCGCAGCCAACCGCCUGGGUGUGGUGGUCAUGAAGGCCAGGGAUCUGCAGUCACACAAACUGAAGGACAUCAUUAACUUAUCAGUGAAACUGACUUUGAAGCACCAGACCACCAAGCUAAAGAAGAAGCAGACUCGGCAGGUGAAGCACAAGAUGAACCCGGUCUGGAAUGAGAUGAUGAUGCUGGAGGUCCCCCUUGAGUUGCUGGCUAAAUCCAGUCUGGAGUUGGAAGUUCUCAACCAAGUGAGCCCAGGGACCCUGGACACCCUCGGCCACUGCCAUCUGGGCUUGCAGGCCCAGAACACUGGUCUUCAGCACUGGCAACAGAUGCUUGACAACCCUCGCAAGCAGUUAGCUAUGUGGCACCCCCUCCACGCUUGAGGUCCAGGGCCAGGCUGAUUCCUUUCACUUUUCCUGACCACCAAAACCAACAUACUUGGGUGCUCUCCCUUCACAUUCAGUCUGACUCUCUUCAGUUAGUUGGAUUUUAUGGAUUAAUGCUCUGCACAGAAAUAAUUAUUUGCUAUCGAUGGAUAGAGAUGCCAAAUUCAACAAAUUUAACAUGUCUUGGCCCAAUAGCUGCCUUCAGGGUGUCCCUGCCCUGCUCUGUAUCUUCUGUCCGGGAAUCUAGGCUCAAUGUGAGCCUGUGCUGGGUCUAUGGCUGGAUAUGCUGGUCCCAGUCACUCAAUGGUGAUUAUAAAUGGAAAGUGUUACAGUUAUAGUGUAGCCAACAAUUAUUGGUACACUGUGAAAAAUGGUCAAAAAUGGAAAUGAAAUUGAGGAUAUUGACGAACAAACUUUGCAAAAUGUUACAAUUAUGUGUGUUAUGGAAAGAAACAAGAAAAACCUUUAUUCAAAACAUAUUCUGGAAUUAUUUUCGAACUAUGUAAUUUAUUGCCUUCAAAUGACUGGGUUAGUUGAGUUUUCCAACAUGGCUAAAACUGCUGAAAUGCCCAAUGCAUUUAGGAAAAGAGUCAUAAAAGAAUCAAUAUCUUCAAUUUCAUUUCAAUUUUUAACCAUUUUUUCACAGUACAAAUUACAGCUAAAACAAAUAAAUGUUCUGUCCAGAUCAUGUAUACAGCUGUGAAAAAUUAAAGGAACACUUUUUAAUCAGAUUACAGUAUCAAGUCAGUUAAACUUCUGGGAUAUUGAUCUGGUCAGUUAAGUAGCAGAGGGGGUUGUUAAUCAGUUUCAGCUGGUUUGCUGUUAAUGAAAUUCACAACAGGUGCACUAGAGGGGCAACAAUGAGACGACCCCCAAAUGGUCUAACAGGUUUACGAGUUUUGCAUUUUGCGACAGUCAGUGUCACUACUGGUAGCACGAGGCGAUACCUGGACCCUACAGAGGUUGUACAGGUAGUACAAGGAUCCUCCCCCAGGAUGGCGCAUCUAUACGUGCCAUUGCCAGAAGGUUUGCUGUGUCUCCAAACACAGUCUCAAGGGCAUGGAGGAGAUUCCAGGAGAUAGGCAGUGACUCUAGGAGAGAUGAACAGGGCCGUAGAAGGUCCUUAACCCAUCAGCAGGACCGGUAUCUGCUCCUUUGUGCAAUGAGGAACAGGAUAAGCACUGCCAGAGCCCUACAAAAUGACAUCCAGCAGGCCACUGGUGUGAAUGUCUCUGACCAAACAAUCAGAUACAGACUUUAUGAGGGCGGCCUGAGGGCUCAACAUCCUCUAGUGGACUCUGUGCUCACUGCCCGGCAACGUGGAGCUCGAUUGGCAUUUACCACAGAAUACCAGAAUUUGCAGGUCUGCCACUGGCACCCUGUGCUUUUCUCAGAUGAGAGCAGGUUCACCCUGAGCACGUGACAGACAUGAAAGGGUCUGGGGAAGCCGUGGAAAACGUUAUGCUGCCUAUAACAUUGCUCAGCAUGACUGGUUUGGUGGUGGGUCAGUGAUGGUCUGCGGUGGCAUAUCCAUGGAGGGUUGUACAGACAUCUACAGGCUAGAUAACGGCACUUUGACUGCCAUUAGUUAUUGCCAUUGGGAUGAUGGGAUCCUUAGACCCAUUGUCAGAACCUAUGUUAGUGCAGUGCAAUUUUUGGGGUAUCUUUGAAUUCAGCCCUCUGUAGGUUGAUAAUUUUAAUUUCCAUCAAAGAAUGUGGCAUCCAUUUGUUCCUAACACAUUACCCAGUCCAUAUUAGUACUGUAUAGAUAUCGAGCAUCAUUUUUUCCCCAGUGCGAUCUAAUGUGUUUCACUUUUUUGAGCGGUGUAUAUUUAAUAUGGGGUAAAAAAGGACAAGUAAAAUAAACUGAGAUGUAAACUCUCUUCAUAAUAGUUUAUAAGCCUAUAUGAAAUUCUGCCUCUGCAGUCAAUGUACAUUAGAAAAAUGAAUGUGCGUUUGAAAGCUACAUAAUGAUGACGUGUUUCUGAGUGAUGCCAAUCAUUGAAUUUACUACUGAAUAUUCCAUUUGUUAAAUUCAGUAUUUACCAUUAACAAUCAGUUAUCAACAGCAGAGCUUUUGUCUAACUCCGAAUUGGUGAAAAAAAUGGGCAUUUUGCCUGUUUACCCAUUGUGGACGUGCAACGUCAGCUGGCAGGAAACCAUCAUGCUUGUGAAAAAGUAGGCAGAUCUUGACACCAGGAGCAUUUCUUAGUGCAAAACAAUUAGCUUAAUUCCAUUUGCUAUGAAAAAAUAUAUGUUUGGACAAAAAUCCACAUUCAAUGCACAACUACCAUACCAUAUCAUAUCCAUCAAGGAGUUGGAGUAUGUGAUGUGAUCCUAUUUUUAAUCAAUACAGUUAUAUGGCAGCUAUAGUUUUACAAACUAUUAUUCAAGUGUGCUUUCCUGUAGCUUGUGAUACCUGCCAGAAAGGUUGGGUUACUGGUAAAUCGUGAGCAUGUAGGUCUCAUACUGAAAAUAUACAGUGUUACUGCAAACAGGCUAACACGUGACCUGCAAGCCUUCCAAACUCACAGCCAAGUCUAAGCUCAUAUCUAUGACAAUAUGCGUGUGGAUGUUAUUAUGACAGGACACCAUGUGAUCUGUAUUUGUGUCUAUCAAAAAAGGUUGUGACUGACAGAUGGUGUUACAAUGAUGUCUGCAAAGGUGUCUGCGGCACAGAUAUUUCCUUUCUGAGUGAAGAAGCUUCUCAGGAGGUUUUCUCUAAAAAGCCAGUGGAAUUCUCUGACAAACAGCUGGAAAAUCCUUUAGGGACCUUUGUUUUGACAGAGAUGAAAGUGAGUCUUGUGGAAAAGCAGAGUAUUACUGUGUAACAUUGCAAGUGUUUGACGAUGCAUCAUUUUCAAAUAAGCUCUGUUUAACAUAAACCAAUAAGUCAUUUAAUGUAGGCCAAAGCUCAUUGUAAGGGUUUUCAUCUGGAAUGUAUGAUAAUUAAAAAUCAAAAUUAA